UGGCUCGAGUGUUGCAGGAUGGCGUUCAUGCGACAUGGAGGGCUGUGCGUGGCGAUCGCGGCGCAAGUCGCCCUGGGCACUGUCCAGCCGUUUGGUGGAGCAUCACACCUUAUCUGCUCCAGUGCGUAUCAACAGGAAGUGCUGGCUCAGUAUCCACUGGUGGUGUAUUUCCAUGAUCCUGUUGUCCUGCAACCUGCGAUCGACCACCUCCUCGACACCUAUCGGUCUCAAAUUGAAGCGAGCGAUUCAACGUUCUCAGCAUCGUCGUAUCUUCAUUGGAAGGAUGACACGGUCGUGACGGCAAUCGUUCACAACCUCUUGCCUCGAGUGGAGCAUUUCUUCCCGAACACAACCCUCCAGAUUGAAAGCGCUGCUCUGACAAGGUAUACCAAGGGCCAGUCAUACUCGUGGCACGUCGAUGCGUACGACGCGCGCACACUUCACGCUCGGGCCAUCACGUUCCUCGCGUACUUGAACGACGUCGACGGCGGCGAAACAGUGUUUGCUCACAUCGCCCAAAAUGGAAGCACGUUUCCGUACAGGACACCGCUGGACCGCGCGUGUGCUACCUCGUCAUCGCAGCACGUGAAGGUGGCGCCACAAGCUGGUCGAGCUCUGCUGUUCCAAAAUGUCCUUGGGCACAUGUCCACCCAUGCGGCAUGUGCCGUCACCUCCAGCGCCAAGUGGAUCAUGCAGUUGUGGAUCUCUUCCACCACGCUCGAUAGAUGUAGCUAACCGCGAUCGAAUCAAGUGUGCAUGUCGUAGUUGC